UUUCACAAGCUGCUUCCGCGUCGUUAGCAUAUUGGCAUUAAGCUUCCCGAUCUAUGGAAAGUAGUUGACUUCUCUAAUUUUUUCAGACCCUGACCGGUGUUUCCAACAAGGACGUCUCUUCGACAGCAGGAGAGUUUUUUGAGCUGAAAGUGGUGUGAGGUCUGGUCCAGGGUAGUUGAACAGUUAAUGCACAAAGUAAAGAGGCUGAAAAUUGAAGACAGAACAGAAGACGGCCAGGAAAGUGUCAGACUGGCACUGGCAGACAUGACCGGGGUGGACGAGCUGUCAGACAGCACAGAGGUGGUGGAGAUGGAGGACGUGAAUCCCACCCAGUUCCAGGUGGAGAAGCAUACAUGGGAUGGCCUGCGGAAGAUCAUCCACAACGGCCGCAAGCACACAGGCAUAGUUAUCAACAAGGCUCCACACGACUUCCAGUUCAUUGCAAAGGACGAAACCAGUCCGCACUCCCACCGCAUCUACUACCUUGGAAUGCCUUAUGCCAGCAGGGAUAAUGCUUUACUCUACUCAGACAUUCCCAAGAAGAUCCGCAAGGAUGCACUGUUGGUUUUGUCAUGGAAACAGAUGCUGGACCGCUUUCAGGCCAGCCCUCUCCACGGGGGCUUCUCGCGGGAGGAGGAGUUGCUGCGAGAGAGGAAACGUUUGGGGGUGUCUGGCAUCACCUCUUAUGAUUUUCACCGACCCAGCGGCCUCUUCCUGUUCCAGGCCAACAGCAGUCUGUACUACUGUCGUGAUGGUGGAGACAACAGCCUCAUUACGUCUCCAAUGAAGCCUGUCGAGAUUAAGAGCCAGAAUUCAGGUACACGCAUGGACCCCAAGAUCUGCCCUGGGGACCCCAACUUCAUCGGCUUCAUCCACAACAACGACAUUUGGGUGACCAGCAUUGAGACGGGUGAAGAGAGGAGGCUCACCUUCUGCCAUAAAGGUGUUGAUAACCCAAAGGAGGACCCCAAAUCUGCGGGUGUAGCCACUUUUGUCACGCAGGAAGAGUUUGACCGGUUCACUGGAUACUGGUGGUCACCAGCUGCUCGUGAAGAAGCAGACGGUGGUAAGACGCUGCAGAUUCUGUACGAGGAGGUGGAUGAGUCUGAGGUUGAGAUCAUUCAUGUUCCAUCUCCAGCUUUGGAGGAGCGUCAGACCGAUGUCUACAGAUACCCACGUGCAGGCAGCAAGAAUCCUGACAUAACUCUCAAAAUAGCAGAAAUCAGGACCGACAGUCUUGGCAAAAUUGUCAGCACACAGGAGAUGGUGUUGCCUGCUCCCUUUACCAGCCUGUUCCCUUGUGCCGAAUAUAUCACUAGAGCCGGAUGGACAAAAGACGGCAGAUAUGCAUGGGUGGUCAUGAUGGACCGACGACAACAGAAUCUCCAGCUGGUCCUGCUCCCCCAGGCAUUCUUCAUCCCCGCAUAUGAGGACGAGGCCAGUAGGCAGAAGAGCGUGGAGGCCCUCGGAGACGCCGUCCAUCCCUUCAUCAUCUACCAGGAGACCAGCGACAUAUGGAUCAAUGUCCAUGACAUCUUCCAUCCAUUCAUCCAAACCAGUGAUGAUGAGAUCACCUUCAUCACAGUAAAUGAAUCAAAAACAGGUUUCUGCCACCUGUAUAAGAUCACCUCCGUGUUACAGCGGGGCAGCUACAACUGGGCCAAUGGCUACACACACUCUGAAGAUGAUUUCAAAUGUCCGGUCAAAGAGGAGGUGGCAGUAACUAGUGGGGAGUGGGAGGUGCUGGCCAAUCACGGAGCGAAGCGGUCAUCCAGUCCUCAGAUUUGGGUGGACGAGACAGCGAAGUUGGUUUACUUCCAGGGAACAAAAGACUCUCCUCUAGAACAUCACCUUUAUGUUGUAAGCUACGACUCGCCGGGGGAAAUCAUCCGACUCACCAAACCAGGCUUCUCCCACAGCUGCUCAGUGAGCCAGACCUUUGACUUGUUCGUCAGCCAUUAUAGCAGCUUGACCACAUCACCCUGUGUCCACGUAUACAAACUGCAGGGCUCAGACGAUGACCCGUUGCAUAAAGAGCCCGUGUUCUGGGCAAGCAUGAUGGAGUCUGCUGGUUUCCCAUAUGAAUACACUCCUCCAGAGAUCUUCAGCUUCACAGGGAAGUCAGGUUUCGAGCUGUACGGCAUGUUGUACAAACCGGAGAAUCUGGUCCCCGGCAGGAAGCAUCCCACAGUCGUCUUUGUCUAUGGGGGUCCACAGGUCCAGUUAGUGAAUAACUCUUACAAAGGAGUGAAGUACCUGCGGCUGAGCACGCUGGCGUCUCUGGGCUACGCUGUCCUUGUCAUUGAUGGACGAGGGUCCUGUCAGCGGGGACUCAAGUUUGAAGGAGCUGUAAAGGACAAAAUGGGUCAGGUGGAGAUUGAUGACCAGGUGGAGGGUUUGCACUACGUAGCUGAAAAGUACAAGUUUAUCGACAUGAGUCGUGUCGCUAUCCACGGCUGGUCGUAUGGAGGCUUCCUCUCCCUCAUGGGCCUCAUCCACAAACCUGACAUAUUCAAGGUUGCCAUUGCAGGAGCUCCGGUGACGUUGUGGAUGGCUUACGACACCGGCUACACAGAGCGAUAUUUGGACACGCCUGAAAAAAACCAGAAGGGAUACGAGGCUUGUUCUGUCGCCCUGCAUGUCGACAAACUCCCCACUGAGCCCAACAGACUGCUGAUCCUUCAUGGAUUUCUAGAUGAGAAUGUGCACUUUUUCCACACCAACUUUUUGGUGUCUCAACUCAUCCGGGCAGGGAAGCCAUACAGCCUGCAGGUUUAUCCCAACGAGCGACACAGUAUCCGAUGUCCAGAGUCUGGAGAACAUUACGAGAUUACGUUGCUGCACUUCCUCCAGCAGAACCUCUGAUAAGCCUCUCUACACACUGACCUCCCCUUCCUCGCUUCCUAAACUCUUUUCUCCUCUGUCCAUUUAUUUAAACCUGCAUCUUCUUUCUCUUGAUUUUAUUAUAUGCUGAAUGCAAGCUAUGCCAAACCACAUCACACCUCAAGGGUUUUUUUUCCAGUCUUAAAGGUGCUUUUAGCAUCAAUAAACCAUGACAAUAUUAAUAUUUCAGAUUUUAGUAUAAUCACCCUUAAUGAGACUAUCACAGAGAGAGAGAAGUGUAGUUUUCUUUAUGCUGUGUUUGAUAGUGGAGGGAAAUCUGCUGGAAUGCUUUAAGCCUCAAAACAAGCAGAGGGCGCCAUUCGCCCAGAACAAACAGGACUGAAGCUUCUGAGACUGAGGUGAUGGCACACAGUGGAGUACAAAGUACAAAAACAAUCACAGUGACUUCGAUGUUUAAAAUGCUGCUUGUUUCGGCAACGCAACAACUACAGAAGUUGACAUGCCGUGUACAAUUUUCUCUCUUUUUUGUGCCGCUACCUUUUUUUAUUUAACUGCCUCUUUGUUUUUCUGGGACCCAACUAUAAAGUUAUUUUCCUGUGUCUGCGAAUAAACACUGGAGUGAAGUAUGUAAACGUAAAACUCUAAAAGGGCACACAAGCAAGCUCUUAACCCUCUUUGUCGUAUGCUCUGUGCCCUCAUGUGCUCUCAAAGAUGAUUUUUUUUAAUGUGCUAUGCCAUACUUUGGCAGAUCUACAAGAAAAGAAAAAGUUACAUGCCACAUUUUUAUUGUGUAGUGUUAAAAACAUUUUUAUGCAUUCAUAAAAGGUGAAAAUAUGUAGCAACCUGUUGCUGUUUCACUCAUGUGCUUUCUUUAAGUUCCUGGGGAGCUUCUUUUUCUUCUGCUGCUGCUGAGGACUUUUGCACAUAUUACAUAUAUUUGCCUUGGUGCCAACAAACUGACUUAUAAGAUGGUGUAUGACACAAGUGUUGGCAGUCUGAGGUGCCUUGCAAGAGUUAAAGAGCGCCUGCUCGUAUAGUUUAUAUCAGGGAAUCUGUCUGAGGACCUACAACAAUAAAAUGCCUUGUCCCUUGUGCGUCUGAUGACCAUCUAUAUGAACUGCCACGACAUGUUCAUGGUUAAAUGUACUCUCAGAUAUUGAAGAAAUAAACAGAAGUGAACAAUCUUUUUCAAAGUCAAA